ACCUUACAAAGAAAUUGGCAAAACUAUGGAGCAACGGAAGCUCGAAGACUCUAUUGGAGCGUAAAUUGGUACAGCCAUAUUUCGAACAGGGAUUGGCAUUACUCGGCAUAGUUGAAAAUACACACGCAUCAUGACCCAGCAGUUUCACGCCGAGGGUGGCCUCCCCCGGAAGUCAGAAGAGCUCCGCCCCGCCCCUUGUUUCUCUUAAGCCGAAUACCCAGCAAAUCACAGGAAGUGACGCAACGCCCACACUUCCCAUGGCCCGCGCUCCAGGGUGGGCAGCCGGCCGAAGCCGAGGGCGGAACUGACGGAAGUGACGUUAACAACGCGCGCCGGGAGUUCUGUAGGGUCGGGAAGGGUCGCCGUAGCGGGCGCCUUGGCCGUUUGCGGCUUAACUUCGUUUUCGCCGACCGAUAGUUAUCUCUGCAGUGACUCCAGAUGCUGUUCUUGAGGUGUUAAUCAGUCCUGUUUGAAUCGGUCAGUUCUCACAGCAACGCUGAGCACGGUAGGAGUCCAUCUGAACUAAACAAUAAAAGCAGCAUCACUGUUUCCUGGUGUGCAUGAAGAUAACCCAGAGAGCUGAGGACGUCGCUGAGAGUGUGCUGGGGAUGCUCUAGGAAGAGGCUGAAUGCUGAGGUGAUUCCCAGUCCAAAGGGUUUUGAUUUGCCAAGAAGAGAGUGAACCUCAUGGAUCAGAACAACAGCCUCCCACCUUAUGCCCAGGGCCUGGCCUCCCCUCAGGGCGCCAUGACUCCUGGAAUCCCUAUCUUUAGUCCGAUGAUGCCGUACGGCACGGGACUGACCCCACAGCCCGUUCAGGGCACCAACAGCCUGUCUGUUUUGGAGGAGCAGCAAAGGCAGCAGCAGCAGCAGCAGCAGCAACAACAACAGCAGCAACAACAGCAGCAGCAGCAGCAGCAGCAGCAGCAGCAGGUGGCAGCGGCGGCCGUGCAGCAGCCGACGCCCCAGCAGGCAGCCCAGGGGGCGCCCGGCCAGACACCACAGCUUUUCCACUCGCAGACUCUUACGACCGCGCCCUUGCCGGGCGCCACGCCCCUGUACCCCUCCCCCAUGACCCCCAUGACCCCCAUUACCCCUGCCACGCCAGCCUCGGAGAGCUCCGGGAUUGUGCCGCAGCUGCAGUGACUGCAAAAUAUUGUAUCCACAGUGAAUCUUGGUUGUAAACUUGACCUAAAGACCAUUGCACUUCGUGCCCGGAAUGCUGAAUAUAAUCCCAAGCGGUUUGCUGCUGUAAUCAUGAGAAUAAGAGAGCCCCGGACCACUGCACUGAUAUUCAGUUCUGGGAAGAUGGUGUGCACAGGAGCCAAGAGUGAAGAACAGUCCAGACUAGCAGCAAGAAAAUACGCCAGGGUUGUACAGAAGUUGGGUUUUCCAGCUAAGUUCUUGGACUUCAAGAUUCAGAACAUGGUGGGGAGCUGCGACGUGAAGUUCCCUAUAAGGUUAGAAGGCCUUGUGCUUACCCACCAACAGUUCAGUAGUUAUGAGCCAGAGUUAUUUCCUGGUUUAAUCUACAGAAUGAUCAAACCGAGAAUUGUUCUCCUUAUUUUUGUUUCUGGAAAAGUUGUAUUAACAGGUGCUAAAGUCAGAGCAGAAAUUUAUGAAGCCUUUGAGAACAUCUACCCUAUUCUAAAGGGUUUCAGGAAGACAACGUAAUGGCUGUCAUGUACUCCUGCCUCCCCCACCCACUUGUUUUUUUAAAACAAAUCAGUUCUGGUACAUUUAGAGGUGUUGUGGACAGCCCCAUGUGAUGAGAGGAUGGAUGUCCGGUUUUAGGUUGCAGCACGAGGUGAAGCUCUCCUGCAUGUGUACCCCAGAGGGAUGCCAGGAAGGGGGUAUUAUUUCUGCACAGAGAACACCGAAGUGUUACUGUAAGUUGCUCGAACUGUGCUGCUAUUUGGGCAGCACUGCCCGUUUAUUUAUAUUUAGAUUUUAAACACUUACUGCUGUUGACAAGUUGGUUUAAGGGACAAAACUUUAAGUGUUAGAGCCACCUCAACAGUCGAUUGGACUUUAUUUUGUUUAAUUUCUUCCCCAUAAACCACAGUUUUUAUAUUUCUACCAGAAGAGUAAAAAUCUUUUUUAAAAGUGUUGUUUUCUAAUUUGUAACUCCUAUGGGUUAUUUUUGUGCCACAUUCCGCCUUUUCAGUAUUGCAGGACAGAAUAGAAAUGUAUUAAUGAAAACAAAUGGCUGUACAUAUUUUUCUUCCUUCAGAGUACUCUGUACAAUAAAUGCUGUUUAUAAAAGUGUUAGAUUGUUAUAAAUGAAA